UUCGAUGAUUGACGGAUUUGUCAUUUUCUUCCGAACCUCGCCGUCGGCAUAUCUGUUAAGGCUAAAUAGAUUAGCAUCGUGAGAAUAAAUCUAACGAACAUUAUGUCAAAUUGAUCCUGAAACGAGAAUUUUGUAAGAAAUGUAUGGAUUUAUCGAUUGCUUCAGAGAAAAGCGUCCUCUAAUUCCUACGGAUAUAUCUGAAUUAAACGUGUCAUAACAUUUGCUUGGCAUGUACGUAGCUUGGAAAGCUACUGAAUCGCAUAUAGAAAAGAAAAAGAAUCGGCUGUACUUUUUUUGGAGAAACACAAUGGGCGGUUACACGCGAUCGCGGUACAAUCGGUCUCGUCGAAGAUGGCCGAGGAGAACCGGAAGCAACCGAACGAGCACAUCGCAACAGACGACUCAUUUUAAACUAGUGGUGCGUGGUCUACCGGAAGUUGUCAAAGCAGUGAACUGUCAGUUAGCCGUCGGCAUUCAGAGUUGUUUUAUUAUCUGUUACGAAUUCGUGUUAGCCGAUAUGUUGUCCGCAAUGUACAGUACGUUUUGUCCGAAUACACUUAAUGACAUUCUCGAGGAAUUUAAGGAGAAGAUGGAGGAAGGAGAUGAAGAUAUUGGUAUUCCGGUCCUUGAACCAUUCGAGAGUGACCGCCUGGAUAUAGAUUUAAACGAAGACGGAUUGUUCUCAGCAACAGGACGUGUGAGGAAUUUACGCAUAAGUGGUUUGUCUAACUAUAAAGUAUUGCGGGCUGAUUUCCCGAUGGAUGGUCUUAGAGCCAAAGUAAUUCUUCUGUUCCACAAAAUUAAGAUAGAGACUCAGUACAGAAUGGAAGGUACAUUUCUUGAUGACAAUUCCUUCAACGGACAUGGAACACUCACCCUCGUUAUUAAGAAACUUAAAGUGACGACGGACCUGAAACUCCAGCGAAGGGAAGGGAGGCUGUACGUUUCAAACCUGGAAUUGCAGAUCGAAAUGAGGGAAUCCAACUGCGAUAUCACCGGAUUAGAGGUCAACGAUGAAUUGUCCGAGGAUAUAAGCGAAACCAUCUCCGAAGAGGCACCCGAUUUCCUCGAGGAGUAUCAAGAAGAAAUAUCGGAAUUUGUUGGUAGGUUUGUUAGGAGAUUUAUCAACGAAAUACUAAGAAAUUAUGCGCCGGGAAACUUGUUGAGCAUGAUUGGCGGUUAACCGAUAAUUCUAAAUAAUCUUUCGUACUUCUAACAAAUAAAUUGGAGUAAACAUAAAUCUCCAUUUCCUUACUCUAUAUCGGAGCAAGUUACUGCAGUUCAGCGAUAAAAAGGAGCGUGUCGCAUACAAGCUGAGGCGAAAGUUAACCUCGGAAAAUAUUCGAGCUUUUAGCUGCGACUUCUUUCUUCGAUCAGUCAUUAUCUCGCCACGGUAGAUUAAGAAACGUUGCAACUUUCCAGCAAGAAAGCGGCGGUCUGAAAAUUUGUUGCUAACCGAUCAAUUUUCGGAUUUUCUUGUCCGCUGUUUCAUCCGUUACGUUAACUCGUUGCCUUUCCUCCACUAAUCCACCCCAGAUCUCUUAAAUCCGCGAUGCGCCUUUAAUCGACGUAAUUAGUUGAAAAUCGAUGAGAACCCGAUGUACCGAGAAAGAUAAACUCGUUUUCGGGGACGAACGGAGGGAACAGCACUACGAUCGAUUUUAGAUUACGUUGUUUCGACCGUUCGGUGACGAAUAUACAGAGUGUCAUCGAACUGAUGGAACAAGCCGAAAGGAGGUAAAUCUUCAUGAAAAAAUAAGUCGAUAAAGUAGAGCGACAUUCUUUUAUCCGAGGAUCUGGUUUCGAGAAAAUCGAGUUCGAAAAUUUGUCAAGUAUACUUGAAUUUGGCUAAUUAUCGACAAGGUGAGAGUGAACAAUCAAUGGAAUAAACAAGCGGAGUAAAAUGUUUUCAUUCAGGGCAUCGUUUUUAGUACACCUCUAACAAAAUUUUAAUUUACUUUUGUUGGAAACAAAGCAGAAGUAUUGCAAAAAUGACUUAUUCCGCACAUUCGACUUAUUUUUUCGUGUAGAAUCAGCUCCUGCUGGCGUGUAUCGCUAGUUCAGUAACGACCUGUGUUCGGCUUCGUAAAGUUCGCAUAACCUCCAAAUGCAGAGACUAGGAACUCUCUGCUCGAAAGGAAUUUAAUUAUAUCACUUAUAGAAAAAUGAACUAUUGACUUAUGCGGUCUCUUUGAUAUCAACUGCAAAGGCACGGUAUUCCGAGAGUAACUUGGGCCAACUGAACUUCAACGUGUACCGUACGACUUCCUUUGAUACCGAUUAGUUACGAACUGUUAAAGUGGAAAUUUCGAGGUCGACUAAAAUAAAAGUUUUUAAAAUGUCGUGACUCUUACAGGAGGUUGCACGAAAUUUUUCGUCUUUUUAUGGUGCACGACGAGUUGUGACAAGAGCAACAAGUGUCUGUCCAAUGAAAUUUAUUUGUUGAUUAUCGAAUCGCGAGAGAAAAGAUCCUGCGGAUUAUAAUGGUCGACAUUUUUGCCGUGUGAAACUGUUGAAGUAAUUAUUUCUAGGAAAAUUUUGUAUCUUUUUCUUUUGUAUACCCGUUACCUGGACACCGCCGUUACGAAAAAAAAAAAAAAAUAGAUUUUAGUGAAGCAAAAUAUUUUAAAAAGUAGAGGACCACAUUAUUGUGUCCUUGAAUAUGAAUGUUGUUUUCGAGUUACAAAGUUUAGAAACAAAAGAGUUAUAGGUAGAUUUUUAUUGCUGCUUCUUGUAACUUUCAAAUAGAGUUACGUACCAAGGUUAAUUGUUUGGUAGUGUCCUUUGCUAUAAAUGUAUCAACGUGUUCCCUAACGACUCCUACUGUAAUGUAACACUGCUAGAGUAAGGAUCUGGAUCAGUAUACACUAUACUUAUAUCUUAUCUGUACUUAUACUUACUUUAAUAUAUAUUUCUAUUACAAAUUUA